AUGAUAAUUAAAAGCAAAGCACUAAUUAUUAUUUCAGAUUUGAAAUGGAAACAUAGUUUUCAACAAAAUUUAAUAGUAAUGUUUCUGAGGAAACGCGUUCGGGUGAUAAUUUGUACUACUAUAUUUCUAGUCUGUGCCUUGUAUAUUGUUAUGGUGGGUUCUGCAGUUUUUACUACUAACAAUACUGUUGACAAAAAUUAUGUUUUACCGGUGCAAUCACCUAGCAAUCUUUCACGAUAUUCACCCCUCAUUUUUAUCGGUGGUGUUCCACGAUCAGGUACUACAUUAAUGCGUGCGAUGUUAGAUGCGCAUCCUUCUGUUAGAUGUGGGGAAGAGACGCGUAUCAUACCUCGUAUUUUGGCUUGGAGAACACAAUGGAAAAAAAGUCAAAAAGAAUGGAAUCGUUUGAAAGAAGCAGGUGUAACUGAUGAAGUUAUCAACAAUGCUAUUUCUUCAUUUAUAUUACAUGUGAUAGCUGGUCAUGGUGAAUUUGCUGAACGUUUGUGCAACAAAGAUCCCUUCACGAUGAAGGCAGCUGAAUAUCUUUCUAAAGUUUUUCCAAAUAGUAAGUUCUUGUUAAUGGUUCGAGAUGGUCGUGCCACUGUACAUUCAAUCUUAUCACGGAAGAUUACUAUUACGGGUUUCGAUCUCAAUAAUCCAAGGCUGUGUCUUGAGAAGUGGAAUAGCAUUAUCAAAAUUAUGUAUGAGCAGUGUCGAACGAUCGGACCAAAGCGUUGUAUGGUUGUGUAUUAUGAACAGCUGGUGUUGCAUCCUGAACAACAGUUACGCAAAAUACUUGAUUUUCUAGAUAUUCCGUGGAAUGAUCAGGUGCUUCAUCACGAAAAAUUCAUUGGCAAAGGCAUUUCAUUAUCAAAAACUGAAAAAUCAACUGAUCAAGUGAUCAAACCGGUAAAUCUGGAUGCAUUAACAACUUGGGUUGGCAUGUUCAGUGCUGAUCUGGUCAAAGAAAUGUCUUCAAUAGCACCAAUGCUUGCUCAACUUGGCUAUGAUCCAAAUGCUAAUCCCCCCAAAUAUGGUGAUCCUGACCCAAUUGUGAUGAAGAAUACUGAUGAGUUACAUAUGAAUGUAGAGCUGUGGGAAAAGCGAGCACAAGAAGUAAUUGGUUUGUUAGGAACGGUAGGACUUUCGUAA